AUGGUGGUGAUGCAGUGUCGGGGCCGCGGGCUCGGCAUGGGGCUGGCGCCGCCGCUGUCGCCGCCGCGGCCCGCGCCCGAGCCGCUCAUGGUGGUCGUACGGCCCAGCCACCUUCUACCACCAACGCAGUACGACAUACCUAUCUCCAAGAAGUUCAACAUGGGCUACUGUCUAAAAACAUACUGGGAAACCAUACCCCUGUUUCUUGUAACGUGUACCAGUUUAGGCAUCCUGUUCUUCUCCAUAAUAUGGGCGUGCAAAAAUAAGGUGGAUGUGGUAUUCGAGUCGCGGAGCAGAGAGAACAUCUCGCGGACCAUGGAUCUGCGGAACCCCUCCAUCCACAAGCUUCGGAUCAUCAACCAGCGCUACGACCCGUGGCCAGAGAUGCAAGACGCUCUUGAGAAGAUAAAGGCUGCAGAGAAACGUCUGGCUAUGCGCCUGAAGCCGUGCCUCAGCAAAUGA